GAAUUGACCGACGACAUGGCAACCCUGUUAGCUCUUUUUCUUUUUCCCGUCGGCGUCGCUGCUGUGCUUACUGGGUCGUUGUCGUUUGCUUUCUGAAGCCAAAUUAAGAAUUGCAAUAACUUAAAAUGGACGCUCCACCAGAGGGAACCGUUGAAUCCGAGUCCUGCAAUGAAAUUGAGGACGAGAAGUCUGGCUCCGACUGCCAGUCGAUGCCCGCUUACAUGAACUCAGUGCUGCGGCGGCAGUUUCUGCAGCAAAUGGUUAAAACUCUGCCUCCUGCAGUUCAAAACAGAAUCACGGCUCUGAAAAACUUGCAAUUGGAGCACCUACAAAUCGAAGCUGAUUUCUUCGAAGAAGUGUACAAGCUUGAGCGUAGCUACCAGCUUAAGUACCAGCCUCUCUUCGAUAAGCGCAAGGAAAUUAUUGAGGGUACAGUAGAUCCCGAAACCCAGAAGCCCAACUGGAAGGAGCCUGAGCUAAAUUCGGAGGACAAGGCCGAUCUUGACAACAUCGAUGAGCACCUCCAAGACGCCUUAAAGGGUUAUAAAAAAAUUCCAAAAGAUGCCAAGGGUAUUCCCGAAUUCUGGCUAACUGUUUUCCGCAACACUGCUAUUCUCUCCGAAAUGGUGCAACCCCACGACGAACCAGCUAUGCGAAAGCUGACUGAUAUUACCAUCAAAUACGAUAGUGGGCAUUCGUAUACUCUGGAAUUCCAUUUCGAUAAGAACGAAUUCUUCACAAACACGGUUCUAACAAAGCAAUACGUUUUGAAGUCGACGGUCGAUCCAGAAGAUCCAUUCGCAUUUGAAGGACCAGAGAUCUACAAGUGCACGGGAUGCACCAUCAACUGGGAGAAGAAAAUGAACUUGACGGUGAAGACCAUCAGGAAGAAGCAGAAGCAUAAGGAGCGUGGCGCUGUGCGCACCAUUGUCAAGCAGGUCCCAACUGAUUCCUUCUUCAACUUCUUCAAUCCCCCAGAGGUUCCAGCUGAUGAGGAAAUCGAUGACGAUUCUCAGCAGAUUCUAGCAACCGAUUUCGAAAUCGGACACUUUUUGCGCGCCAGAAUUAUUCCAAAAGCCGUUCUCUACUUCACCGGUGACAUUGUCGAUGAUGAAGACGAUGAGGACGAGGAAGAGUUUGAAGGCGAGGACGAUGACUACGAUGAUGAUGAGGAACCCCCAGCAAAGGGCCAAAAGGCCCCUGGCAACAAGAAACAGUCCCCGAAUGACUGUCCUAAUCAAUAGAUAUGGCUGCUAUACCGAUUUAAUGUAGUGUAUAUAUACAUAACUUAAAUUCGAUUCGAAAUAUAUUUUUGGUGAAUUAAAAAUAAACUACAAUCCAAUAUGAGCUGAACUACAAUAAACCGCACAAGAAUUGAUAUCAGAUACAAUAUAA